AUGCAGUUCCGCGCUAUUACGGGUGCGCUGGUAGCUGCAGCUGUCGCCUCGGGUGCCUUCUAUGCUUACAACGGGACGCAGUCGUCCGGUCACUCGCAAUCUCCCGCCGAUCAAGCCAGGAAUCUCACGAGCGCUGUGAACAGCGAGCCGACCAGGAAAGCGCUCGUUGUAGGCCCCGGUGAACUGUAUACGGGGACCAUCACUGGCACUGGGCCCAUCUCGAAAGAGACGGACGACUACGGCAGGAAGGUGCUAGAAAUGCUAGACCCAGACCAGGCGACAGCGAAGUUGAGGAAAAACGAAGAGUCGUGGCUUGUAGGCAGGGGGCAGGGUGUGGUGCGAUACGAUGUUGUGCAGUGUCCUAGCAAUGAUCCCAUUGAGGACGAUCAUGCCGAGAAAAUUGUAGAAGUGCCUUCAAACCUGGCAGCUACUGACAAUGGUGCCAUGGCCAGCGACUGGAUGUUCUGGGGCGUCUUUGACGGACACAGUGGCUGGGUCACUUCAGCUAAACUUCGCCAAACCCUCAUCUCCUACGUUGCACGCGAGCUCAACAGCACCUACAAAUCCGCAGUAGAGGAUCCUUCUCUCCACUUCCCAACCCCAGAAGCCAUCGACAAGGCCAUCAAGACUGGCUUCGUCCGCCUAGACAACGAGAUUGUACACGAGUCCGUGAAGAAGGUCAAGAAAGCGCAGUCCAAAGUUGCCGCUGCCGAGUUGCUUGCACCUGCCCUUUCUGGAUCAUGCGCUCUGCUGUCCUUUUACGAUAGCCGCUCAAAGCUUCUUCGAGUCGCAUGUACUGGUGACUCCCGUGCGGUUCUCGGACGACGCGGCACCAACGGCAAGUGGACAGCAACCCCGCUAUCAGAAGACCAGACCGGAGGCACCACGAGCGAGGCCGAAAGACUACGCAAAGAACACCCUGGCGAGCCCAACGUAGUCAGGAAUGGCCGCAUCCUUGGUGGGCUAGAACCAUCUCGUGCCUUUGGCGACGCCUACUACAAGUGGACGCUCGAGACAAAUGCGGAGCUGAAGAAGUCAUACUUUGCACGGACCCCGUCGGCACUUCUCAAAACACCGCCUUAUGUAACCGCCGAGCCCAUCAUUACUACAACCAAAGUCGAGCCAGAAAAAGGUGACUUUGUCGUCAUGGCCACUGAUGGUCUCUGGGAAAUGCUCACCAACGAGGAGGUCGUUGGCCUAGUUGGCCAAUGGCUCGAUGCACAGGGCACCCCGGGCAAGCAAGGCUCCCAAACUCAUUCUUGGCUGCAGAGCUGGUGGUCAACACAGAAGCAAUUGCCAGUAGAGCAAAAAGCGGGCGAGAGUGGCGAAGGCCAGCGAGCACCGAUGCGUCAACAGCAGUGGGGUACCAAGACCAGCCUCAACGAGAGGUUCGUGGUCGAGGACAAAAAUGCAGCGACUCAUCUGGUGCGAAAUGCGCUUGGUGGAAAAGAUCAAGAUCAACUAAGUGCACUGCUUACACUGCCGAGUCCCUUCUCGCGACGAUACAGGGAUGACUUGACCGUCGAAGUUAUAUUCUUCGGCGAAGAUACAGGCACUGGAAACGUCACACUAAAUAAGGAAGCCAGCGCAGUAGCACCAGAGGUUAAGGCGAAGCUAUAA